CUAAGCUUGCAUGACAAAACCAAGACCACGCCUCCAUUCACACACAGUUUACUUCCAUUACAGUUUCAAAGGUCAUAAGCAUUCAGGAACACAGUAUAAGAGUAUGAGAAGGAGAGGGAAGUAGAGAAGGACAACAAUUUGACAUUAAACUCAACUUCAUGCCAUAGGUUUCGAUAGCAACUAGAACCACCCCUUCAACCCCAAUCCGGUUCGCCAUCGGUCCUGACAGCACGCCCCCUGUCCGUCAUCGGUCCCGACAGGACCGCUCCCUAAAUGAUGGAGCCUGUGAGUCUUCCAGCCAUCCCCCGUCUGGCCUUGUGUGGUGGUACCCAUGGAAAUGAGCUGUCCGGAGUUUACCUGGUGCGUGAGUGGCAGAGGAAGAAAGCAGAGAAGGAGGUGGAGUCCGUUGACGUGGUGACGGUCAUAGCCAACCCGCGCGCUGUACAGCAGUGCAGAAGAUACAUUGAGCAGGACCUCAACCGCUGCUUUACUUCUGCCAUCCUCAGCAUUCCAGUUUCGGAUGAGACACCCUAUGAGAUUGUUCGAGCCCAGGAGCUGGCCACCCUACUAGGCCCAAGAGGCAGCGACGGGGCAGUGGACCUGAUCUGUGACCUCCAUAACACCACAGCCAACAUGGGCCUGUGUCUCAUCACCAACUCGGAUUGCGACUGGAUCGCCCUGCACAUCUACAAGCACGUCCAGACAAAGAUGUCCUCCAUGCCCGUGAGGCUUCUCAGCUUAAAUCUCACUCCUGAUGAGUCCUACUACCUGGCAUCUGUUGGCAAACAUGACGUCUCAAUAGAGAUUGGCCCACAACCCCAUGGCCUGGUCAGAGCUGACAUCUUGAGCUCCAUGAAGGAAGGAGUCCAGCUCAUUUUGGAAUGGAUCCGCCUCUUUAACUCAGGUACUGGGUUUGAAGGUGGUGUAGUGGAGGUGUACACUCAUGUGAAGAAUAUUGAUUAUCCAAGAGACCCAGAGACGCAAGACUUGACAGCUAUCAUUCAUCCACAGCUUCAGGACCGUGACUUCUGCCUCCUCAGCCCAGGAGAUCCGUUGUUCCUGUCCUUCUCCGGGGAGACGGUGGUGUACAAGGGGGAGGAGCCCCUCUAUCCGAUCUUUGUGAACGAGAGCGCAUACUACGAGAAGGGCACUGCCCUCGUACUGACUCGCAUGAAGAAAGUGGAGAUCCCACCACUGCGCGUGAAGAAAUCGGGGGAGGGGGAGUGAGAGGAAGAAAUGAGGACGGGGGGAGGGACGGCAAAGUGAUGCGAGAGAGAGGUAGAGAGGAAGAGAGAGAAAAGAGAUCACUGAUAACCUCCAGAUAAAUCACUGCAGCUCUUUUUGAAACUCAAAAACACAUUUUCAUAAAUUCUGUUGUUUCAAACAACAUUUAAAAGAAGAAAUCAAUCCAUCAAUAAACUAGACAUGAACAAAGUU